CUCGGACCCAGAUGCUGCCCUGGGCCCGCGCCAGCCGUCAGAGGGCAGCGGCAGGGCGCGGGCCGCACGUGGCCGUGUGACCGUGGGAUUGCAUGUUUGUCCCCUUGCUCAGGGCGGCGUGCCUGCGAUGGAGCGCGCGGCGGAGCCCUGGGGUCCAGAUCUCCAUGGCCGGGAGGAAAGGGAGCAGCUGAGAGGCGCCCGAACAGGUCUGGGAGGUGAGAAUGUGGAGAUGUCUCAGACAGAUGAGUUUGAACAUACCCCACAGGAGGAUGACUUGGGGUUCAAGGAAGAGGAAGAUUUGGCCCCAGGUCAUGAAGUAGGAAAUGCCUCUCUCAAACCUGAAGGUAUCCAGACUUGGGAUGACUUGUGGGUCCAGAGAGAGGGACCAGGAAAACCUCAGGCUCGAGACAGAGGCCCCCGGCUCCUGGGAGAGCCACGUUGGGGCCAGGCUAGUGAUCGGGCUGCUGUAUGUGGCGAGUGUGGCAAGAGCUUUCGACAGAUGUCAGAUCUGGUAAAACACCAGCGGACACACACAGGGGAGAAACCCUACAAAUGCGGGGUCUGUGGCAAGGGCUUUGGGGAUAGCUCUGCCCGUAUCAAACACCAGCGAACUCACAGUGGUGAAAAGCCUUACAGAGCCAGACCACCAGCCCAGGGCCCUCCAAAGAUUCCUAGGUCCAGGAUCCCUGCUGGUGAGCGCCCCACUAUCUGUGGUGAAUGUGGCAAGAGCUUCCGGCAGAGUUCAGACUUGGUGAAACACCAGCGGACACACACCGGUGAGAAACCCUACAAGUGUGGCAUCUGUGGCAAGGGUUUUGGUGACAGUUCUGCUCGCAUAAAGCACCAGCGAACACACCGUGGGGAGCAGCCCCCCCGGCCUAUGGUGCCCCGGCGGCAGCCAUCUCGAGCAGCCACAGCAGCCGCACAAGGACCCAAGGCCCAGGACAAGCCAUAUAUCUGCACCGAUUGUGGCAAAAGAUUUGUGCUCAGCUGCAGCCUUCUGAGCCACCAGCGUAGUCACCUGGGGCCCAAGCCUUUUGGCUGUGAUGUGUGUGGAAAGGAAUUUGCCCGGGGCUCAGACCUGGUUAAGCACCUUCGGGUGCACACGGGAGAGAAGCCCUACCUCUGUCCUGAGUGUGGCAAGGGCUUCGCUGACAGCUCUGCCAGAGUCAAGCACCUCCGCACCCACAGUGGCGAGAGGCCUCAUGCCUGCCCAGAAUGUGACUGCACCUUCAGCCUCAGCUCCACCCUUCUCCGCCACCGCCUGACUCACAUGGAGCCCCAGGACUUCAGCUUCCCUGGCUACCCCCUGGCUGGUGACAAGCCCCACAAGUGCCCUGAGUGUGGCAAGGGCUUCCGCCGAAGCUCGGACCUGGUGAAACACCAUCGUGUGCACACGGGGGAGAAACCCUACCUCUGCCCUGAAUGUGGCAAGGGUUUUGCUGACAGUUCAGCUCGAGUCAAGCACCUUCGCACCCACCGUGGUGAACAGGCUCGGCCACCGCCACCGUCCACUCUCUUGAGGCCACAUAAUCCCCCAGGCCCAGCACCCAUGACCCCUCGACCCCGAGCCCGGGCCCGGCCCUCUGGACUCAGCCAGCCCCAUGUGUGUGGCUUCUGUGGGAAGGAGUUCCCCCGGAGCUCAGAUCUGGUCAAACAUAGGCGCACACACACGGGGGAGAAGCCAUACAAAUGUGCAGAGUGUGGCAAGGGUUUUGGUGACAGCUCUGCCCGUAUCAAGCACCAGCGUGGGCAUCUGGUCCUGAGGCCCUUUGGGACGGGGGAUGGUCUGGCAAAGCCCCUCAAGGAGGAGCCACCAGCAGGACUGGAAUGAUGGGGUACAGGGAGGGUGGAGGGUCAGGAGACCAAAGGGAUGGUAUCUUGCCUAAUCAGAAGAAAGGGCCUGGGAGUUGGUGGGAGGGAGAAGGAAAGAAGGUGGGAGGGGAAGAAAAGAGAAAGGAGUGAAUGGAUGGAGAUUGGAGACAAUGAUCUUGAAGCUCAGGAAACUGUCCCAGGUGGGCUCAGUCAGGACCUUGCCAGUGUGGUCUGUACCCCCAGCUUCUAGAACACUGCCUAGUACACGGUAGGCACUCAGUAAAUACUUGUUGAAUUAAUAACCUGGUCUUAGGCUGAAGCCCCUUAACCCUAAAUUCCUGCUGCCUCUUAACCUAUUAAGAAUUGAUCCCUCUCAAUCUUGCCCCGAAGACCAGCACCCUGAAUCGUGGUUUGUUCAAACCCUUGCGAGCUGCAACAAAGAGACUUGGGGAUUCGGAUGACAGAACUAGGCAGGGGCACCUUUAUCCUUCUGAUGAGAGUCUUGCUGUGUGGCAGGCAGUACCCAGCGUUAGGCCAUUGGACAUGGUCUUGGCUAGGAAGGGCACUCAUACAGAGCCCAGACCUACGUGCCCUGGAGGACCCUAACCUACCCUGACACCUGGGCACUGGCACAAUAGACCAGAGACAGCAGAAGGAGAACUCUGCUCUGCUUGCCAAGCCCAGGUCCUGGGGGACACCAGCAGAGAUAAAGUGGCUGGGGGCAGGACUGGGUGAGGAGCCAGGGAAGUGCCAAGGCCAGACAGCCACAUCUCCAUGUGUUUCCUUCCAAUAAACUGCUUCUUGUCUGAG